AUGGCUGAAAGGAAUAGCACCAGGGAGAUGGAAUUCAUUCUUUUAGGCUUUUCAGUCCAUCAAGAGAUUGAACUCAUUCUCUGUCUGCUCUUAGACUUGUCAGUCCAUCAAGAGAUUGAACUCAUUCUCCUUCUGCUCAUUUCAGUGGUAUACACUCUAACUUUGGUGGGAAACAUUGGCAUGAUUUCAUUAAUCCAAUUGGACGCUCGACUUCACACAACCAUGUACUUUUUCCUGAAUAAUCUGACCUUUGUAGACCUUUGUUACUCCUCUUCAGCAGUCCCCAAACUCCUGGAGACCCUGCUGACCAAGCACAGGUCCGUAUCUUUCUAUGCAUGUGCAACACAGCUGGGCUUUUUCCUGAACUUCCUGAUUUCGGAGACAUUUCUUCUGGCGGUAAUAGCGUAUGACUGCUAUGUGGCCAUCUGCAAUCCUCUUCUCUACAUGGUGCUCAUGUCCCCAAAGGAGUGUAUGAAACUGGUAAUGGGCCUCUAUUUAUACAGCUUUUCUGUUGCUUUGCUCCACACAGUCGUUACUUUCCAAUUGAUCUAUUGUGGCCCCAAUGUCAUCCAUCACUUCUACUGUGAUGAGGUCCCUGUAAUGGCCCUUGCCUGCUCAGACACCAGCGUCAAAGAGAUCUUGAUUUUCAUCUUUGCUGGACUCAACACGAUCAGCUCUUUGACGACGGUCCUUAAUUCCUCUUUAUACAUUGUGGCUGCCCUCCUGAGGAUACAGUCUAUGGAAGGGAGGUACAAAGCGUUCUCAACGUGUGUCUCUCAUCUGACCACAGUGACGAUAUUCUAUGGGACUCUGAUCUUCAUGUGUCUGCAGCCUAAAUCGAACCAUUCCCUUGACACAGACAAAAUGGCCCUUGUCUACACAAUAGUCAUUCCUAUGCUGAACCCCAUGAUCUACAGCUUGAAGAACCAAGAGGUAAAAAAUGCCUUGAUAAAAGUCAUUGAAAAAUGUUAUGUCUUGCCUCUAACAAACUUUAAAAAGUGA